AUGUUGUGGAGAAGAUCGAAGAGUACAAACGCGAACAACCAAGUAUAUUUGCAUGGGAAAUUCGCGACAAACUGCUCACAGAUCAUAUCUGCUCACAGGACACCAUUCCAAGUGUAUGUCUUAAAUGCAUUGUACAAGCUAUUUCUAUAA